CAUGGCUGCCCCCAAGCUUGAUUUCUUUUCGUAGGAAAGUGAGCUUGGUUUUCUUUGAAGCUGGUGAUUGCCGUCAGUUAUACCUUUUAUUUACAUUUUGUUUAAGAUUGUACUUCGCCUUUAGUGAUUUAAACUGCGAGAGACAUUUAUCAAUUAAAAUGGUAUUAGUGUAGUAUAGAAGGAAAUAAAAUAUCAUUAAACAAAAUGAACGACGGCGAUUGGAUUUGCCCUGAAGCGAAUUGCGGUAAUAUUAAUUUCGCACGACGGGUCUCAUGUUACCGCUGUAAUAAAGAACGACCAGAUAGUGGUAAACCUUUUAAAAAGAAACUUGGUACAGAAAUUGGGAAAUCAGCUGCUGAAAAGAGCCGCGGUUUGUUCAAUGCAGACGAUUGGCAAUGCAACAAAUGUGCGAAUGUUAAUUGGGCCCGGCGUCAGACAUGCAAUGUUUGUAAUGCACCGAAGUUUGGCGAAGUGGAAGCACGCACAGGAUAUGGGGGAGGGUACAAUGAGCGAGGUGUGGUGGAAUAUCGUAGGCGGGAACCCUCCUCAGAUGAUGAAUAUGAUGAAUUUGGAAGAAAGAAACGUAAGCGCAAACCUGAAGCACAUGAUAAGGUUGGCAUCACUGAAGGGGCAGCAUUCAAAAAAAUGCCACCGACAGUACUGCAGAUGGAAACUAAUUCGGAUCUUGCAAUGCCUGUACCAGCAUCAAAAGUGUCAUAUGUUAACAAAGAACAAGCCCAUGCUAAUGGUAGCCUUAGUGAUGGAUCUGUAUGUGAAGUACCCCUACUAUCUAAAACUGCAUUUAGGAGGAAUCAACUCCAAUCACAAACAAACUAUCAUAGGCAGGACCAUAUGUUGCCUACUUUAAAAACAAAUGGUAUGAAUUAUCGAAAGAGGUUUAUUAGUGCAGGUGAUAGAGAGCACAAUGUAUCUUCUGGCUAUGAGACUGGUCCAAAAAAAAUGAAGCGAGACUCUGAUGUUGCCACAGUCAAAACAUAUAAUCCAGUUAUGGAGAAUAGGGUGUCUUCAACCAAUAAUGAAGUGGUUUAUAAGUUUACUGGAUUAACUCCUGCUGAAGAUUUCCAAGUAACAUACACUUUGGAAGAAAGAGUAAAGGCAGCGGCUUUUGCUAUUGUGUAUAAUAAUUGUAAAAUUAGUACUGAUAAAUUUGAAUCUCUAUAUGAUAAACCAGCACCUGACUUUAAAACCAUAUUUGCAUGGAGACAACGUCUAUUAUCUACUGGUUGCUUAGUGGAUAGCCACUUAGAAACAAAGAAAGAUAGUCUUGAGAAACCAUCAGCUUCAGUUCCAACUGCUAACAUUAUUUCUGGUUUAGAGAACAAAACCAUCAAAAGACUUCCAAAUCCUGAUGAAAUUCCUAUUAUAUCGGAUAGUGAUGAUGAUUGUAAAAUAAAGACACCUGUUCCUACAAAAUCUCUACCAUUGUUGAACCACAGAAGUGUGAGUGUAGAAACUUUAUUAAUUGGUGGAAUAGACAAUGAAACCAAUGUAGCAGGUGGCUCCAGUGCAGGAGAAGGUAGGGUAUCACAAGCUAGAAGCCAGUCAUGUUCGACAAAUCAGCAAACCCGUUCUAGUUCAUGUGAUAGUCGAGAUUCUAAUUAUCCUGACACAGAUUCAGAAAGGGGAAGUAAAGAAUCUAGAUCCAGAAAACCUCUAAAGAACUUAAAUCAUCCAUCAAAUACUUCAGAUAGACAGUUUAAUCAGGACUCAGAUUCAGAUUCUAUUUCAUAUCAUAGUGAUGAAGACAAUUUCUUAUCAAGAGUUUUUGAAGAUGGUAGAAAAAUAAGACGAAAAUCAAAGAAAUGUAUUCCAGCUGCUAAAGUGAAAAAUAGUAUAUCUGAAACAUCAACAUUUAUGGGAUAUAGUACAGCAAAGCAAUCAGAAAAGUCUCCAUUAACAACUGGUAAUAUUUAUAUGUCAAAUUUGCGUAAUAUGGGAGUAAAAAAUCAGGAACAUAGUACAGUAGAUAUUGAUGGUUGUUCAAAUGAGUAUGUACCUACAAAACUUGGAUCAACAACAAAGAAUUAUCAAGAAUUUAAAAAUAAUGUAAAGAGGAAGGGAUUUUGGGCGAAAGGGAAUGGAAGAACCAUUGUUAAAAAUAAACCUGCACCAAAUGAGUUGAAACCAAGAGCACUGGAAGAAUUUUCUACCAAUGUAUAUUCUGUUUCUCCACUUGGUUAUGUUACUGCUCAACAGUCAGAACAGAGUCAGGUGAAGCAAGUACCACAGAAACCAGUGCGGCAAAUAGCACAUCAACUACCAGAGCCACUUGUACAGAAACCACUAAAUCUGAACACUGGUGAUGAUUUUACUAAAGAUGAAUUUGACCAUUUUGCAAUUGUAGAUCAUUUUUUGCCAUUUGAUAGACCAAAUACCUUACCUUCGUCAACUCCACAAAUAUUUAAUAAUAAUGUAGAAAGCUCAGUAGCGAAUUCAUCAUGUGUAUUUGAUAUAGUACAGUCUCAAUCCUCAUCAAAAAAUAGAAGCAUAAUGGAUAUAUUUGGGAAUAAUGAUGGAAAUCUAAACAGUCUAGAUUCAACGGAAUUAGAGAAAAAUGACAAUGCCCCCAAAAUUUAUGAAACUGAGUGGGAUGAUGAUGAUGACGCCCUCUACAAAGAAUCUAGUACACCAGACAAAAAACGCACGCCAUCUCCGCCCAGUAUUGGUUCACUUAGGGUUCAAAGUCCUAUGUCCAGUAUUUUAUAUGCUUCAGAUAAUGAGACACCAAAGAAGAAUAAAGAUAUACCAAAUGCAGCAGCUGUUGACAUUAUUAGGGAUAAACAUGAUGUGUUGUUAGGUUUGUUAAAAGAAUUUCAGACUAACAAAGAAAAAGAAGACCAUGCACAAUCCCUUAAUCAUAUAGGAUUGCGAAAAGAAAGGAAUGAUAUAGAAAGUGAUUAUACAUAUCAUUCAAAAUCUGUAGUAAACAUGUCACCAAAACUUUUGUUCACUAGACCUGAUGCAAUUCCACAAGAUGUAACUAAUGGAAUUAUGUCUAUUUCGGAAGAAAUACUUAAUAACGAGUCAGUAUCGGCUAUAACCAUACCUCAUGAAAAUCCAAUAAAAAAUAUAAGUCCAUCAAAAAGGGUAAAAAUUUUAGAAUCUGUUACUAUAUACCCAAGUGGCAAUGGAAUGUCUUCUGCAUCAGAUCAUUCAAAUAAUGUAACUAGUAAUCAACAGGAUUCAUCUGAUACUCAGAUCUCACAGUCCAAUCCAUCACCACACCAUGAAAGUGACAUUGAGGAAGUAACAGUACAAACUGAACCACUACAACCAUCAGCACCAAUGGAUUUGAGCAAUUUAUUAUCAGGAAUUAAUACAAAUACAUUGCUACUAGCUCUUCAGAACUUGCAGCAAUUAACUCAAAAUUCCAGUACCAAUACAAGUGGAUUUAAUGAGUCUGAUGAUGUUAUACAAGUUAAUGACAGUGAUAAAAACGAAGAUGUCGAAGCUAUUAAUAUUAUAAAUGAUGAGGAAUGGGAAAAGGAAACAAAUCGCGGUGGUAGCAUAGAGAGGGAACUAGAAAAGCUGGAUGGAGCUACUAGUGAUACUCCUUUUUUAAGUGAUAUUUUUGAUCCUGGUCCAGUGGUUAUUCCUUCUAAUGUCACAAGAAAAUUAAAUCUGAAUCUUAUAUCUACUGACGAUACUAAAAGUGAAAACAAGGCAAAUUUAAAUCAAAAUGCUCCAGUAAUUGGAAAUUUUAAAAGUUUUGCCCUACCAAAACCUAUAAUGUUAAAUAGACUCAAAUUAACUGUGAAAACUACAGAUAAGAACGUAAAAAAGACAGCAAAUGGCAAGAAAUUAAAGAGAAGAAGAAAGAGUAAACCAUCUGGAUCCCAAGGUGAAGGUGACGGUGAUGAAGAGGAUGAUGAAGAAUCAGGUGAUGAUGCUGAUCUUUCUAAAUAUGAUUUAUGGGGCAGUGAUGAAGAACAAGGCAAUUCCUCUAAAACUGAAACGGCCGAUAAGACGAAAGGUGGAGAGACAUCAAAAGGGAAUGGAUCGGAAACAGUCGAAAAUAAUGGCAAUUCAGCGUCUCCGGACACGAAAAACAGUAAAAGGUCUAGGAGCUCGUCUUCGUCAUCCAGUUCAUCUUCCAGCUCUACAUCUAGUCACAGCUCUUCACAGGCCCCUAAAAAUAAAUUCGACGAUUUCAAUCUAAACAGUGAACGGGAAUAUUCACCGAAGAGUCGCAAAUCACGGUCGCGGUCGCCUCGGUCGCGUUCAAGUAAUACGCCAGCUAGACGCAAGUCGCGAGACAGUCGCUCAGCUGGCGAGUCCAGAUCAUCCCGCGACAAGGAGAGGUCACGUGAUCGAGAGCGACGCGACAAGUCGCGUGGAAAUCGGGACGAUCGCAAGGAGAGACGCUACAGUCGUGAAGGUGCAAGCACAUAUCCAGCGCGUGGACGGCAUCGCUGAACUUUCGAAUAUCCACAAAUUGAAUAUGGGUCGUAAAGUAUAUUGAUUGGAGUAUUGUAGUUUGAAAAAAGGGACCUUCUUUGAAGGAGCAUAAAAAUAGUAUUUCUUUAAAAGGUUUUGAACUUUUUAUUGGUUAAAUCCACAAAGGAAGCGUCUAGGAACUGCUUAAUUCUCAUUUACUAUCAAGAUAUAAUUUUAUUAUGUCAAUAAAAUGCUUAAAAUAAUCUGUGGAAAUCUCAGAAAUAUCUAUAUUGUAUAUUGUUACUACUGUAACAAAGUAGAAAAAGUCUUGGUAAAAAGCAUAAUUUUUUGUUAAGUUUUGUAUUUUCAUUACUAUUAUUUUACUUAAAGUAUUUAAAAAUCUAAUUUAUUAUCAUGGUAACAUUGUUCAUGAGUGUAAAUUUUCAAGUACAUAUAAACUCUUGUGUUUAUUUUCAUAUUGUUAUUAUAAUGACCUUUGUAAGUAUAUACAUAUGUUAUUCCUAUUUAUAUGCUUACUUGUAAAGUUCACGGCAUUGCCAUUGCGUAAAUUGAGAUAAGAAGUAUCGUAAGUGACAAUACAGGGUAUGGUCCAUCUGUGGACAAAAUGUACAGGUUAUUAUAUAGUACAUUAUGUGGGAAACAGCUAUAUUUGAAUGACAGUUUGUAUAAUAUAACUACUUAUGAGUUGUAUUAGGGAAAAUGUUUUCUAAAAAAGAUACCUACCGCCCGCCUCUUGGUCAUACCGAUACUGUAUUAGUAUUCUACCUUAGGUACCCUAUAAACGUCUUCAAAUAAACAAUUUAGUGCAACUGUUUAUAUUGGUGUAUCAAUUUAACAUCUUUAUAAAAUUUCAGAUUUCAAAUAUUAGAAAAUAGUAUCUACAAUCUACAUAUUUUAUGAUGCGUGUCUGUAACAAACCCAUCAGAUUGGAUGUAUACCAAGUAGUAGAAAAAAAAUCGUAUAUUAGAUUUUAAAAUAAUAUCAUGUAUAAUAAUAGUAAUGAUCAACUAUAAAAUUGACAGUGGGCAGUGUUGCCAUUUUAAAAAUAAUACUAUUGUAUGUUUUGAGUUGCAUGUUACAGUAUUAAUAUGUACUGUAAGUUGUAACAUAUAAACCAUGUCGAUAUUUUAACUAUAGCCUAAGAAUAAAUGUAACAUUUUAACUAUGACCUAACGAAUGUAUAUUGGCAGUGUUUUAGUAAUCGGACUCGGUAUUGAUUGUGUUCUGUACAUCGUAACUAUGAAUAAUUUACAAUUGGUAUAAAGAUUUUUUUUUUAAUUAUCAAGUGCGUUUGUGUAUAUUUGAAAUUCAGGAAUGAAUUUAGUUUUUAUCUUGAUAAACCUGGAACUGUAAACUUUAAAAGAUUAAGUACAUACAGCCCGAUAAUUUGAUUUUUAUUAUGUAUAUAGUUCUAAACGUUCAAGUUGUAUGAAUAUAUAAAUUUACUGGUUUUAUAAUACUAGUAAUUUGUAGGUACUUGAGCUUUGUGAUAUUGCUUUAUAGAUUCUAUUUUGUUUUGUUUAACUGAACUACUAGCUUUUCGACGAGUUGUAUGAUCUCUAUUUCGGUUGCAAUCGUUUUUGUCCUUUAUGUCUAUUAGAUAGCAAUACAUCAUGCAUUUAAUAAUUAUCAUAUUGUACUAUGGAAACAGGUGUGAUUUUAUAAUAAUUUUGACAUGCAUUCAUUUUGAAUCUAUGCCAAAAUCACCUUAUCAGGAACUAGUAAUUUUUGGUCGCAUGAUUAUGUUUUACUUUAAAAAAAGUAGAACAGUCUUCAGCACAGUUCGAUAUGUCGCAUAC